GUGACCAGCCUGCGCUCUCCUCCCCUCUUUCAGUCUCCACGGUGCAGCUACGCCUCUCGCCUGUCUGGGCAGCAGUGGCAGCAGUGUAGUAGUAAUCUGCCUGCCGCGCACUCAGCUCGCAUUUUGUGUCACGGUGAGAGAGAGAGAGAGAGAGAGAGAGAGAGAGAGAGAGAGAGAGGCGACAGACUGCUGCGCGUCAGGGGAUACCAGUCACCAUCCGCACGGUUCAAGCGACAUCCCGCCGCGGGCAAUGACAUUGGCAGACUAAAGUGGGAAUACACGAGAAAACGCAAAAAUGACGGUGGACUUUGAAGAAUGUAUAAAAGAUUCACCCCGAUUCAGGGCUGGCAUUGAUGAUGUGGAGACAGAUGUGGUGGAGAUUGAGGCAAAACUCGACAAACUGGUGAAGCUAUGCAGUGGGAUGAUCGAGGCCGGCAGGGCCUACGUCAGCGCCAACAAGCUCUUUGUUAAUGGCAUCAAGGACCUGUCGCAGCAGUGCAAGAAAGAGGAGGUGAUAUCGGAAUGCCUUGAAAAGUGUGGAGAACGCCUCCAGGAGAUCGUCAACUACCACAUGAUUUUGUUUGACCAGGCCCAGAGGUCGAUCAAGCAGCAGCUUCACAUCUUCAUUAAAGAGGAUGUACGCAAGUUCAAGGACACCAAAAAGCAGUUUGACCGUGUGCGUGAGGACAUGGAGCUGGCCCAGGUGAAGAACGCCCAGGCACCCAGGAACAAGGUGCAUGAGGCUGAAGAGGCCACGCAGGCUCUCAUCCUCAGCCGCAAAGCCUUCAGGCAUCUGGCCCUAGACUAUGUACUACAGAUUAACGUGCUUCAGGCCAAGAAGAAGUUUGAAAUCCUGGAUGCAAUGCUGUCCUUCAUGCGUGCCCAGUAUACUCUCUUCCAACAAGGCUUUAACAUCCUGGACGAGAUUGACCCAUAUAUGAAAAAACUGGCUGCACAGCUGGAUCAGCUGGUCAUCGACUCAGCCAUGGAGAAGAGGGAGCUGGAGCACAAACACGCCCUCAUCCAGCAGAGAACUCUCAUGCAGGACUUUUCAUAUGAUGACCCCAAGUUGGAAUUUAAUGUGGAUGCACCAAAUGGCGUGGUCAUGGAGGGCUACCUCUUCAAGAGGGCCAGCAAUGCAUUCAAGACCUGGAACAGGCGCUGGUUCUCCAUACAGAACAGCCAGCUGGUCUACCAAAAGAAACUUAAGGACUCUUUGACAGUGGUUGUAGAGGACCUGAGAUUGUGUUCUGUCAAACCAUGUGAAGAUAAUGAGAGAAGGUUCUGCUUUGAGGUCGUUUCACCCACCAAGAGCUGUAUGCUACAGGCUGAGUCCGAGAAGCUGCGACAGGCUUGGAUCCAGGCAGUCCAGGCGAGCAUCGCCUCUGCUUACAAAGACAUCACUGACAAUUAUUACAUUGAGCGUUUGGACCGGACAGCCUCACCUUCCACCAGCAGCAUCGACUCUGCCAGCGAGCCCAGGGAGAGGGGAGAGAGGGCUGAGAGGGGAGUCAGGGGAGGUGGGGAAAGCCUCCUCCAAAGGGUGCAGAGCCUGCCAGGCAACGAGCUGUGCUGCGAUUGCGGUCAAACGGCUCCCUGCUGGGCUUCCAUCAACCUGGGAGUGCUGCUCUGCAUCGAGUGUUCAGGGAUCCACAGGAGUUUAGGCGUCCAUUGCUCAAAAGUGCGCUCACUCACAUUAGACUCAUGGGAGCCAGAAUUACUCAAGCUGAUGUGUGAAUUGGGGAACACUGUGAUCAAUCAAAUUUAUGAGGGAGCCUGCGAGGAGCUGGGAGCAAAAAAACCUGGACCGUCCAGUUCAAGACAGGAGAAAGAAGCCUGGAUCAAGUCCAAAUAUGUGGAGAAACGCUUCUUGAAGAAGAUGAGUGGCAGCGAGGCACUGGUGGAGGGUGAAAGAAAGUCCCGGCCCUGGACUGUGAAGAAGUGCCAACGGCACAACAGCUCUGUUCGUGCCCCAAACAAGGUCCGCAGGAAAUACCAUCGCUAUGAGCCAGGCAGCGCUUCACCUGCAAAUCUUUCAGCAGCAGCUGCAGCAAAGUUUCGCCGUGACUCCCUGUUCUGUCCAGAUGAGCUGGAUUCACUAUUUUCCUACUUUGACACUGGCUCUGGCCCUCGCAGUCUUAGCAGCGACAGCGGCCUGGGAGGAAGUACUGAUGGCAGCACAGACAUCCUGCUUUUUGGCUCAGUGGUGGACAGCGUCACAGAAGAAGACGAGGAAUCAGAGGAGUCCUCCAGUGGUGAGGUGGAGAUCGAACAAGAAGUGUCUUCAGACCCUGAAGACCCGAGGGAGCUCCACCCAGGGGCGCUCCUGCACCGAGCCUCACGUCUACACAACCUGCCCCUUAUGGCAGAGGCAUUGGCACAUGGUGCUGACGUACACGCUGCAAGUGAGGAGGAAGAGGGGAAAACGCCGCUCAUUCAGACUGUGAUCGGGGGCUCUCUGAUAGCUUGUGAGUUCCUGCUACAGAACGGAGCUGAUGUGAACCAGAGGGACAUGAGAGGCAGAGGCCCGCUGCACCACGCAACCUAUCUGGGACACACUGGUCAGGUGUGUCUAUUCCUGAAGAGAGGAGCGUCACAGACGGAGGUGGAUGAGCAGGGUCAUGACCCCCUAAGUAUCGCCGUCCAGGCUGCCAACGCAGACAUCGUCACCCUAUUGCGUUUAGCGCGGAUGAAUGAGGAGAUGCGAGAAGCGGAGGCUCCCUUGGGUCAACCAGGUCAAUACCACAGCAGCAGCCCCACUGAGCAGCAAUAUAGGAAGUGCAUCCAGGAAUUCAUCUGCCUCACAAUAGAGGAAUGCUAGUGGUCACUUCUGUAUCCAGGAGCCUAGCUCAUACUUUCUCUCUUUCUCUACACAUAUACUGUAUAUAUAUAUACAUAUUUAUAUAUAUACUAUAUAUUCCUCCUGACUGGGAACCUAAAAUGAUGUAGACAAAGUUGCCCCUAGACACUGAUCUCAAGUCUGCUGCUACUUACAUAGAUCUAGGCUUACGGGCAACUUCUUGGGGUUGUCUAAGAAGAGAGGUGUGUACCACUUGCUCAUUAUAGGUGGAGCCAUUGUGUCAUAGGGAGACCCCUGAUGGUGCUUUUUAACUCUACUGACACUACACUCCAUUUUCUCUGCAUCACUACUAUGUUUCUGCUUGCCAUUACUCGGCAUCGCCCAUGCUAUGCUAAGCUACAUGACACACACACAGUAAAAUGACAUCUGCUUUUUUGGUGUUUCGCUAACAGGGUUAUCCUCUAACUCAUACCGUGGUGUAACUUCUCGUGAGGGUGUGGGUUUACUGUUGCCUAACAGCUCUUCCCUCUGAAGACUCUCGCUACAUUAACCCCUUACACUUUAUAUCUAUCCAGACCAUCUGUGUGACAUCCAGCUUACCCAUCUCUUCUCGAUCGGAGAUGUAAAUAUACAUAUUUAGAAGUUAUAUGGGUAAUGUUUAAACUAUGUGCUGUGGCAUGAGGUGAAAAAAAAUGGUAUUUGUUCCAUUACUGAAAAAAAAAAAGAGUAACUGACAAGCAACAGUAGAGGUGGGCAGUGUUGUUUACUGUGUAUAAAGAGGGGUCAGGAAGGGAAAUUUAAUGUAAAACUGUGACAAAAAUACUGAAGGGCUUGUGGAGAAGAGACCCUUGCCUGCUUUGUAAGAUACUUUGUGACGAGUGAGUGAGUAAAUGAGUGCAUGUGUUAAAGAAUACUGAGAGACAGAGUUAAAUCAUAUGAUAUUAUGAUACAUUAUGUAAAGGAAAAAAAAAGAAACUGCACUUUUCCCAUCUACAGUAUUAUAGUUUUGUUUAUUUUCAUUCAAUUAGUUUUUACAUUGUUCGUGUCUAGUCAAGUUGUUGUCUGUCUAUCUAUUGUCUAUUUUAUUUAUGUUUAUCUCCCCAGAGGAACAGUGCAAUGCGUUCUUGGAUGCAGUUUACUUCUGCAUUUCUGUGAUUGUCAUUUUAGUCUGAAAGCAUUACUUGGAACUUACGAUAGGAUGUCAUAAAAGACAUUUUGCUUUCAUUUUCCCUUUGGAAUGGCCUUCCAUUGCCACAGAACGAUUACCGGCAUUCAAACACACCAGAAAGAGAUUUUAAAAGCUUUUCUGUGGAAAUCUGAUUUAAAGCUUACCAUAUUGUUUUAGUAAUUGCAUUGUCAUUCAUUGUUGUACUACUGUGAAAGAAAAGCUGCAACGUUAUAAAGUAAAGUGCAGACAAACCAGAGCAGCAGGUCUUGCAGUGCAGCGAGGGAGUGUAUUUAACUGGAUUUACAUAUCACCUUUAAACAGUUGGUUCACUGCAGAAGUGACUCAUGGCACCUCCAUUUUGUUGUAAAUACUUAUCCAUGUUACAGUAUCUGUGGUGAGAUAAAGAAGCACAUAUUCUUUACAGCAGUUUACACACUUGUGGGGUCAAAGGACAAUGCUUACAGUAUUCUCUGCAUGCUUUGCCAGAAUUAUUUUUGGGAGGUUCAACAUCGUUUGCAUUCUGAGCAUGAUAAAAUAUCUUUCUAUGGUUUGAUCACAUCGUGCAGUGCAGUCCUGUGGAAUGAGCAUGUACCACCAUGACCCCUCUGGUGUUUCUUACUUUUUGCACCUCUGUGCCAUUCUUCCAUCCACAGACCAAAUCUGUGGUGACUUCCUCAUCCUGGUCUCUUUUUUUGUUUGUUUAUUUGUUUUUAUAAAAGCUUAAAGUAAACAGUAAUUUUUUUUUAAUGUUGUGGUUUAUUUUCCUCUGCCAAAGACUUUUUUUAAAGGGAAAGUGUCUGACAUUGUUGUAUGAUAUCACCGUUUUUAUUUUUUCUUUGUUGUUGUUUUUUUUAAAAACUGAAACUGUUCAGAGUAGAUACAGCAUAGUCUUACCAUGCUUUGUGAAGUGACAGAGUGGUAGAAACACUGUUGGUGUACUCACAUGUUCAAAAGAGGUUACAGAAAUGUGACUGACCUGGGAGAUUUUGAUAUGGCAGGUGAUAUUCUGCAAUAGUUCAAUGUACUGCAAGUAGAACCAAUCUAGGGGUGAUGUGAUGCUACUGUGACCAAACUGUUAAGGGUCUCGCCCUAGCAGAAGUAUUAAAUGUUGUGUCCAUUGUGUGUAUUAACAUAGGAGUGGUUAAAGGUGCUGUUCAAAGCAAACAUGCUGUAAAUAGUACACCUGUGUAAUUUACCUGCCUCUCAGCAUUCAAUCACGGAUCCUGUCUGAUCUGUUUUAUGUUUGUCUUUUUAUUCUCCUCCAAAAAAAGAAAAAGGCAGAACUGUAACACAGCUCUGCACUACAUGGAGGCGUUCUUCUGUUCACUGACAUUUGGAUAUCUUUGGAAUACUUUCUUCCUUGUCUUUAGAAGCACUGAGGGGAAAAAAAAAACAAGAAAACAAAAAGCAUACAAUAAAACCGAGAAACUCUUGAUGAACUAACCCUGCUUCCUGCUUAUUGCUCUCAUUUCUGUUUCCUGUCUCAUCUCUUUUGCAUAACGUUCUCUCAACAUUGCAGCAAUAUGUUUGGAAAGGUUUACAGAAAAACAGAAAUAGUUGCUCUCUCUGUGAGCAACUGAUAAAAUGCUAAUUUGAAGAAACAUAGCUAUGUAAAAACAUUGUCAGAUGUUGGGAGAAUGCUAUUUUUUUUUUUUUUUUACAAUCUGAUCUGGUGUGUCGUUUGGUCUAUAACAAACUUUUGGGUAGCACCUGGCUUAUUCAAAGCAACAAAACGGUUUCCUUCAUGAUAACACAUAUAAAGGAGGUAUACACUCAACAUCUCCAGACCGAUAGAUCAAUGUCAACACUCUCUUUAAAGUGUUUAUGGUCUUCUGUGUUUCAAAUAGUAUGUAGCCUGCAGCAGCAACACUGUGCCUUGAAUAAUUCAGUGUGUAAAACAUUUAUGUGAUCUCACCAGCAUCGUUACACCUUCACUGAGUAAUGUACUCACAUGCCAGAAAUGUCUAAUUCCUCGCUUUAAAGUUAAGGCAAUCAGCACAUGUCCACUUAAAGGUAAUAAACACUGACUGACAUAUCAUUGCUUCUGUUACCACAGGGGUUGCCACGGGCAGCAGGAGAGUUAAACCCAAGGAUGUUCGGGAUAGAGUGAGUUAAACAUCCUGGGCCGUCUUAUAGGGGAUCAGUGUGAUUCUAUGACUCUCUUUCCUCUGGUGGUUGUGAUCUAUAAGGUGUCUGUGGGCCUCUCUCUUGCACACACACACACUUGGGAAAAAUAUUUGGUGCCUUCUCAAUAUCUGGAAUCUUCUUUGGCUCUUGGGGAAAAAUGAGGAGUUUAAAAGUGCACAAAGAGAGUAUUGUUUCCUCAUAAAACAUGUGUGGAUGACCAGCUAUAAUCCAUUCAUAUAGUAGGCAGUAGGUCACAGAGGUUGGGUAAGUACGUAUUACACGAUUGAUAUCAUGAAAUGUGAAUAAGAAUAUGGAGGAUGGAUCCUCCAUAUGAUCCCAGGAUAGUGCAGGAGUGAAAUGGACAGGAUGCUCACCACACACUAACCCUCUACAAGUAUAGUCUUUCAAAAGAUGUGCAUAAAAUAAGAAUAAUUCACUUAUAGUAUCCUGAUCAAAUAGAUGUCUUUAUACUAUCAGACUAAAUUGUGGAGCUUCACUCUCUCUUAACGCUUUGGGGCUUUGAUCUUUCACGCAGAGAUUUGUCUGCUCUUUCUUCCUGAAUAUUGAAAUGUGGGGUUCUUGGAGAUUGCAGUAGUUGCCAGCUUAUUGCCAAAAGGUCUUGUUCUGUUGCUCUCUGAUGUUUAAAGGCAACUAGCAGACUGGAUACUACAGCGGGACAAACCUCCUCUUGACUUUAGUAUCCCCUGUUGCAGAUGACAUCUCCUGUGCUGAUGUCUUUCGCGAGUUUUCUCUCCUCGCGUCUCUCGAGCCCGAGAAGUUGAGGAGAAGGAGCCUACAAUUCAGCUGCUGCAAGAACCCAUAGUGACCGCUGACCACGGCCUUCUUCUGACCACUCUUCAGUCACUUUGGAAUCAAGAUGGAGGCGGCAGCAUGCUGUAAAAAAAAAAAAAGACAUUUUGAUGAGGCUGCAGCCAAGAAGUAAAAGCUAUUUUCUGACAAGCUUGUACAUUUCUCUUGUAAAUAUGUUUGGACAAGGUCAAGAAAACAGACUUUGGUUUUGUAAGUAUGUGGUUUGUAUGUUAUAUAUUCUAAACAAUUCCUUUGCACAAGUGUUAUUGCAGUUGACCUGACACCAGUCAAUUAGCAGCAGAGUCACUGUAACAUUGUCAGAAGAUACGUUGUUUUAAAUGUAGUAUUAAUAUCACUCAAGUACACAAAAACACUGGAUCCUACAUUUGCCAUAAUGUAACACAAUAAUAUAUUUCGUUAGAUCCUCUUUGCCUGAUAAAUGCCAACUCCAUGCCCCCCAAAAUGUGUAAUCUUUAGCCAAAAUAGCCCUGAUGAAAUGUUUCCACAGGCUUAAUCAUACUCUCUGUGAUGAGUUAACUAUACUAAAUCAGCGAUGCACCCCUUUUAAUGUUUUAUAUAAUUGUAUUUUGUCAACUUGAAAUCUCUGCAGGGUGAAAUGAUUUUUUUAACAGUUGUUAUGGUGGCAGAAAUAAAAAUAAAAAUCCUUACAA